UAAAUUAUAGGUUUUAAUACUAUUGCUGAUGUUUUACCGUUGUUUGUAUAUCAAUACGUUGUUAUGUCACAUGACCCACUUUAGAGGAGCUAUUUUAGAUUUAGCAAUGAGUAAACUUUGUCGCGGUUCCCCUCUAAAAUCCACUUCUUCAAGAGUUGACCUUUAGCGGGGAAGCAACUUUUGGACAUAGUGUCACUUGUUUGAAACAGUUCAACUUCGCAAACUCAGCUUCAUUUCCGCAAUCAACAACUGAACGGCUGUAGCAGCGAGCAGACACUUCCUCCCGUGAGUUGGAAACACUGAAAUGUGCUUAGCGACGCAACUUCGAGUCUAAAUACAAAACGUUUGUGGCUCCAUAAACCAAGAAAAGGAUAAGGAUAGUUAGCAGCAGCAUUCAUUGCAAAGGGCUUUCACCCUCAGGUGUGGUUUAUUUUGCUCCGGACGUUUUUACAUCUACAAUUUUGCCAUUUCGUACGUCUUUUCUUACAUACGAAUCCGAUUUAAAGGCACUUUUUGGGGCGUAAGCUGAUUACUGAUACUCCUGAGUGAGAUGACAGCCAGCACCCCCAGCUACCUGUGGUCCUUACAGGAUGUCCUGGGUCAAGGGGCUACUGCCUGCGUCUACAAGGCUCGAAAUAAGCGGACGGGUGAGUUGGUAGCCGUCAAGGUUUUCAACUUGGCGAGCUACAACCGCACUCAUGAGGUGCAGAUGAGGGAGUUUGACAUGCUGAGGAAGCUCAACCACAAGAACAUUGUCAAGCUUUACGCCGUGGAGGAGCUGCCAUCUAAACAGAAGGUUCUAGUGAUGGAAUUCUGCUCGGGGGGAAGUUUGCUCAACGUGCUUGAAGAGCCAGAAAAUGCUUUUGGCCUGGCUGAGGCGGAGUUUCUCACUGUAUUGCAAUGUGUUGUACAGGGAAUGAACCACCUACGAGAGAACGGUGUGGUGCACCGGGACAUUAAACCAGGCAACAUAAUGCGUCAGACGGGUGAGGACGGCAGGUCUGUCUAUAAGCUAACUGACUUCGGAGCGGCGAGAGAGUUGGAGGAUGAUGAGAAGUUUAUGUCCAUUUAUGGAACUGAAGAAUAUCUGCAUCCAGACAUGUAUGAGCGCGUGGUGCUCCGUGCGCAUCACCAGAAGGCGUAUGGAGUGAGCGUGGACCUGUGGAGCGUCGGGGUGACCUUUUACCACACUGCCACAGGGUCUCUCCCCUUCAUGCCAUUCAAAGGGCCCCGCAGGGACAAGCAGACCAUGUAUAAAAUCACCACAGAAAAACCACCGGGGGCUAUUUCUGGAUUACAGCGUGUCGAGAACGGACCAAUAGAGUGGAGCUCAUACCUGCCGGACAGCUGCCAAUUGUCGCAGGGUCUCAAGAUGCAUCUGGUUCCUGUACUUGCCGGUAUACUUGAGGCAGACCAGGAGAGGUGUUGGGGCUUCGACCAGUUCAUCACAGCCACAAUAGACAUCCUGCAACGACAACCAGUGCACCUGUUUGCUCUCCAGCAGGCUAUGGCGCACUGCGUGUACAUACAUCACUACAACACGGUAUCCGGAUUCUUUGAGGAGGUGGCAAUGCAGACUGGAAUUGAUGUCCAGCACCAACAGCUGCUCUACUUGGGCCAUGAACUCCCACUAGAGGGCAGCAUGAAGGUGGUCAACCUCCCCCACACUACAGCCACAAGGCCUCUCAUCCUGCUGAGUCGCGGGCAAGAAGCAAACAGCAGCCUGCCCUUCAGGGAACCAGAGACUCCGAUCAUUCCAGCCAAGUUUGACGUCAUGGCCGACUACAACUUCACCAAGUUAAUAGUUGGAGUGGUCCACCAGUAUCUGAGGAUUGCACAACUGCUGCACUCACACAGAGAGCUUUUGCUGGAGGGGUAUUACAGUUACAUGAUGAAGCUGCGCAGGGAGUGUGGGGAAGCUAUGCACAGUAUUGCGCAAAUCGGCAUUAGGCUCAAGUCUUGCCUCGGCGUACAACACAGGAUAUUCACUCUAGAUCGUUGCGCUUCAGAAAACCUGAGUGCAGCUGAUAAGAGUGACAGGUUGCAGCAAGUCAAUGAUCACCUGCCUGGGUACGUCGCAGGCAUUCAGGAAUUUCAGAACCGCCUGGAUCACUUGCAGAUCGAGCAGGCCAAGCUUGCAGAGACGCUGAACAGUGACAAAAGCUGUCAGAAAAUGCAGAUGCUCCUUCAAAAGAUUGUGGCGAUUCAUCAGCUUUACCGUAAAGACAGACUCUCAGGCAGUAUGCAGUUGCUAUAUAAUGACGAACAAAUCCACAAGUUUGAAAAAAUCCAACUGUCCUCACACAUCAAGCGGGUUAAGUCUCUCACCAGAGAAAACUGUGCGCUAAAAUACAAGGAUCUCUUGGAAACUACUAGGACAUGGAGCAGAAUUUUACUCGAAAUGCAGAGCCAUCUACAAGACUUCAGUUCCUUCUGCACGGGCCUGUUGGCUGAUCUUGCGAUAACUGAGCAGCACCAAAACAAAACACUGGACAAAAUCUUGGUCACACCACAGUCAAGCAGCACAGGACAGCAGCAACAGGAAAUGCCACUCAGGGACAAGGAACAAAUGGUGUCCAGGAUGUACCACCUAAAAGAAGAAAUGGAAAUUCUGGUCCGGGAACUUCAGUGUAGUAACGCCAUUAUUGAGAGUCUGGAAGCAGUGAACUCUGCAGUGGCUGUGAGACCGAGCUUGGCACGGCCUGCCACACUGUGACAGGCGGCUCGUUUUAAUUGCCUGGUGAACAUUUGCUGGAUGACUGCUGUGACGCUAUCAAAGAUUGCCUGCUGCAAGAGGGAGCUGAAGACGGCAGAUUGCGAACCAAUUAAGAGAUAAGACUCACAGUUGGGGAGAAAACACCGCUGAGGAAUUUUGUGUGUGUGGUUUGCCAGCGGGCACUUCAAUGCAAACCUCAUUAAUACUUUUUAUCCAUCCAACCAUGCAUUUUCUAUGCUGCUUAUCCUAGUCAAAGUCAUGGUCAUGCUUAUUCAAGCAAUCACAGGGCAUAAUACAUUUUAGUGUUGUUAAAUUUGUAACAUACUGUCAUGUUUGGGGCAUCUCAUUACAUAUUUACACAUAUCACUCCACUAGGGAUGUCACGGCAUUCUGACCUCAUUGAAGGGGCUGAAGUCUUCCGUCUCACUAUCUAGCCUGUCAUAUCUCCCAUGAUUUUUUGUUUUGUUUACUGCAGUCACACACUGUGAUUAAAUCAGUCAAAGCCCCCUCAACCAGAGCGUAGUUUCAAGUCAUUUUCUAGCCUGUCCCUGUGUUGUUGUUUCCAUGUUGCAAGACCCGCUUUUGUUGUGACAUGAUCCACACAAGACAAGCACAGAUUAUAGAUUCAGAAUGGGGAGUUUUUUUUUUAAAGGUCAGGCUUGAAUGCCCUUUCAGAUGCUUCAAUUGUGCACAGGUGAGCGCACUUUGUUUUAACCCUUUCGGGGACAGCGGUUACUCCAGUGGACAGCUUGUCAUGUGAUCAGGUGACAGGGUGCAUGAAAGGGUUAACAUUUGUUACAUAUGUAGCUUUCGUUCUGUUUUGCUGUGGGGGAUCAUUUUCUCUCAUACAAAAGAAAAGUGAAAGUAAAUACUAGCUUAAUGCCCCCUCAAGUUUCCACGACUAACGGACAUGCGAAGAUGACUCACCGUGUGGUUGAAAUAAAAAAGAAACAAAAACUCCUUGUUGGGGAUGUUCAUGUGCCUGUGUUUUCUGCAGCCCAAAUGUCACAAGUUUCAUACUUAAUGUGUGCUUAUUUAAAUGUCCUUUUGUGGUUGUGAGCUCAAGUCUGAUUAUACAUGGGGGCAAAUUGUAGGUUACAAAACAAGCAAGCUAGGUAUCAGCUGCAUUCAGUGCUCCUUCCAACGUUAUGAUUCUUGUUUGUUCUAUCUUGUUUGUCCAAAUCUGUUGCCACCAUCCUUAAAUCACCGUGGUUCACGCGACUUAAUGUCGCAACUGGCCCUUUUCCCCCCACCUGGUUUCUAUUAACUUAUUUUUUCCAUGUUUUGUCAUCAUCUGUGGAGGUGGACCGACAAUAACAAGCCUAGUUGGACAAAGAGUACAAAUUACAGAUGUUUUCAAGUGUAGGGACGAAUUGUAAAACUUUCCAAGAAAAAAAAAGUGUUGCGAAAAUAUUCGCACUUUGUUACUUUCCACCGGGCACAUGCACACACAGACAUGAUCAUAAUUUUACUGAUAAACACAGAGAGGACAGUUAAACAAACGCCAUCUGUAUUGUAUUUGUGGAUGUUUUUUGUUUUUGAGUGAAAGAGAUCAUGGAUGCAUCGACUUUGAUCCCAAAAUGAUUCGAACAUGAAAACACAGUUGAGCAGAGUCGCGCCACGCGUGUUUUAAACAGUUAUGGAAUUAUAUUGAUUGGAGACUCCAUCUUAAAACUAUUCUGAUGGUUUGUUGAAAGAAAUUGAUCAAUACAGACAGACUGCUCGUCUUCAAAUGGGGAAGGUGUAUCUGUUCAUGUCAUCAUCAGUGGCAAUGUGUCUCGAAACACAAUUGUAACGUAAUAAUGGCGGACAAAAUACCACAGGGAUUUCGUGUGUGCGGUUUUCACUUCAUUGCAAACCUCAUUAAUAAAUUGUAUCUAUCCAACAAUCUACUUUCUAUACUGCUUAUCCUUUUCAAAGUCAUGGGAAGGAAUUCUAUCGAUCAGAUGACAGACUGCAUCCUGAACUGGUUAUUCAAGCAAUCACAGGCCACGAUACGUUGUGCUAAUAAACCAGGAAUUCAUGUUUUCUCUU